UUCGUGGACGGGCUGCGCGCUCUAAAGCCGAGCUUGAAGCCUUGACUUCUUCUUCACGACGCGCAUGGCAACGCUUCGGAGACACCUUCUGGUUAUUCAUUCGGACCUUUAACUCGCCGUUUCAAUGCGUGGCCGAGCUCACAGAGAACUUUUCCACCAUGAGAAUUCACUGCAAAGUCGUGGCGCUCGCUGUGUCCCUCGGAGUUUUCCUACUUUUCUACUUUUUCGGGGGAAACGCCGCGGACGAGCCGCCGCCGCUUAGCGCGGUCCAGGAACAAGACCGCAAACUUCCCAGUUUUCCAUCUGCUUCUGGAAAACUAGUUUCUGUGGAAGUGUUCAAGCCUCAUGAGAUUCCUAAACAGAUCCGUCCGAGUCGCAAAGAAGGUUACAGAGGAGUCAAUAGCAGCUCUAAGCUUAGGCAAAAGAGUGCACCUGGGCAGUCUGGGGUAAAGGUCCCUAGGGUGGAGGACAUCAUGCACCUUGCUGUGGUUGCUUGUGGAAACCGACUAGAGGAAACUCUUACGAUGGUUAAAUCAGCACUACUCUUUAGCAUCAAAAAGAUCAAGUUUCACAUCUUUGCUGAGGAGGAACUUGCAAAACAGUUUGAGAAAGAGCUAAGCCGCUGGCCGCAGCCACUCUCUUCCAAGCUCCAGUAUGCUCUUUAUCCUAUCACUUUUUCCGUGGGGAACGCUGAGGAAUGGAAGAAACUCUUCAAGCCGUGUGCUGCCCAGAGACUCUUCCUCCCAGUCAUCCUGAAAGAUGUGGACUCCUUGCUAUACGUGGACACAGAUGUCCUGUUUCUCCGACCAAUGGAUGAUAUCUGGAAAUUCCUAAAGGAUUUUAACAGCACUCAGUUGGCGGCCAUGGCCCCUGAGCACGAGAUUCCUAAAAUCGGCUGGUACAGUCGUUUUGCACGGCACCCGUUCUACGGCGUAACUGGGGUCAACUCCGGUGUCAUGCUGAUGAACCUCACGCGUAUUCGCAGCACUCUGUUUAAGAACAGCAUGAUCACUAGUGGCCUGUCAUGGGAGGACUUGCUCCAUCCACUCUACCAGAAAUACAAGAACCACAUCACAUGGGGGGAUCAGGACCUCCUCAACAUUAUUUUCCACUACAAUCCAGAAUGCUUGUAUACAUUUCCGUGUCAAUGGAACUACAGACCUGAUCACUGCAUGUAUGGCAGCAACUGCAAGGGGGCAGAGGAGGAGGGUGUGUCUAUUCUCCAUGGCAACCGUGGCGUUUACCAUGACGACAAGCAGCCAGCUUUUAAAGUGAUGUAUGAUUCUAUACGAAAUUAUCCUGUUGGAGAAAACUUUUUCCAGUCCUUGUUUUCUCCUCUCCAGACCAAAUUCUUGGACACGGUCAACACACUAUGUGGCAGAGUUCCUCAGGUGUUUAUGAAGCAGAUUGAAAAGACCAUGAAGGCCGCAUUCGAGCAAAAAGUGGUCCGGCACGCUCGCCCGCUACGCAGACAGCGUCGCUGAACCGCAGUAGAUGCUGCAGUUUACUAAACGACAAGGAGAAGGGCUGAUUUUUAAUGGAACAUGUGCAAUACCAAGAACGCUGUGUGUUUUACGGACCAGUGUACUCUGUCUGGAAAGGAUGAAGCAGAAAUUCUUGGAUAGACUUUGUUUUAAGCAGUUAUAGAAGAAAUGGCAGCUUGAUGAGGGGGUUGCUCUCCAAAGAACUGAACCAUUUAAUUAUAAGAGCAGUGGGGGGGGGAACAGUCCAUAAGGGUAAUACCAAGAAAGGUUUUGGGUAUAUGUUGAAUGAGUUUUAGCCGUUUUUUUAUUUUAUAUAUAUUAUUAUUUUUUUUAAGAGAAGUUGGUAUGAUAUGAAGUGAUGGAGAUGAUGGUAAAAUAGUAUCGUUUUUCUCUUACACAGCAUAACAGAGUGACAAAUUGCACAUGCUAUAUUGUUCAUUUGACUCUUAUUGAAAACAAUAUUAAGAGAACUGCUGAGCACACACUCGGCAGACAGACAUUAAAAAAAAAAGCAAUGUAGGGAGCAUUCUGUGGGUCUGGCACAGACAUGACCAGGGUGGUGUAGCACUUUGAAUGUGCAGUGUUCCUAUUCAUAGAUAAAUGCUUUAGAAGAAAGUAAAUGCCAGUCAGUGUUGCCUGGGGCAGCGUCGUAGAACUGAGUGACUUUAUUGCCUGAUAAUGGGCCACUUUUAUUCAUUUCAGUAGUCAGAUUGUGUUUGCUGUUUACCAGUUUUGUCUCUUUGGAACUAAAAGCAAGGUUUACAUAUCCACCCAGUCUACAACAAAGCCCUGCCCAGGUCAUAAGCCAUAAAUAAUGUGAAAUCUGCAUAAAUUCGUGUGAUCAUAAUGAGGUACAUUUCCAUUUUUUUUUGACAUGGCAGUAUUAUGUUAUGAUAUAAACCACUAAAAUACAAUAUUGUCUGGUUUAAAAAAAAAAAAAAGACCCUGCAUGAUUUUGUUUGUAGAGAGUUUUUUGGUGUGAAAUGCAUGUUUUUAAAAUUGGAUACGACACAGAUUUGACCUCUCCUAGGCUUCUACAAGCCGUAAAAUAUGACAGUGAAAUUGCUUUUGGAAACUAAUAUACUGCUAAUGCAGCAGCAAUAUUCCAAGACAUCUGUGCUAUUAUUUCCAUCUUGUGGCAAAAAGAGAUAAAGAACUGAAACUUG